GAAAGGCAAAUGACCGUUACAUUGCCCCAAUUUCAAACUUUCAGAGAAACCCACCUGACAAGAAGAGAAGUAGAGUAGAGACAAUCCACCACCACCACCAUCAAAGAUGAGAGAAGAAGAUCAGCAACAACAACAACAACCACCAGACAUGGAAGAAGAGAAGCUUCAACAGCUCAGAUCCAGGGCCACAGAGCUUCUCCUUAGAGAAGAAUGGAGGGAGUCAGUACAAGCCUACUCUCACUUCAUCUCUCUGUGUCAAGACCACAUGAUCUUAAACACCCAUCAAAGCCCCGAUCCAGAUCACCUCCCCAAACUCCACAAAUCUCUCUGUUUGGCUUUCUCGAAUCGAGCCCAAGCGCGAUUCCGGCUGCGAGAUUUCACAGAAGCACUGAAAGAUUGCGAUGAAGCAUUGAAAAUUGAGAGCACCCAUUUCAAGACACUAAUUUGCAAAGGUAAGAUCUUGCUCAAUCUCAGUAGGUAUAGUUUAGCUUUGAAUUGCUUCAAAACAGCUCUUCUUGAUCCUCAGGCUAUUGUGAACUCCGAAACCCUAAAUGGGUACUUGCAAAAAUGUAAGAAAUUCGAGUUCUUGUCUAGAUCUGGAGCUUUUGAUCUCUCAGAUUGGAUUGUAAAUGGGUUUCCCGGAAAAUCUCCGGAACUCGCGGAGUACAUUGGUCCAGUGGAGAUCAAGAAGUCUGAGAUUAGUGGGAGAGGCAUAUUUGCAACAAAGAACAUAGAAAGUGGUACUCUGUUGUUGGUCACCAAGGCAAUUGCCACUGAAAGGGGUAUAUUGCCCCAAUCCAACAACGACGAAUUGGCCGAAAAUGUGCAACUAGUUAUGUGGAAGAAUUUCAUUGAUGAAGUUGUCAAAUCAGCGACAAAAUGCCCUAAAACCCAUCAUUUAAUCUCUACAUUGUCUAUGGGUGAAGAUGAGGAUGGCCUUGAAGUACCUCAUAUAAGUCUAUAUAGGCCUGAAGGUGAGGAGAUCAGCAUUUCAGAUGAAAAUUUUGAUACGAGUAAGGUUUUAAGCAUAUUGGAUGUGAAUUCUUUGGUUGAGGAUGCCAUAUCUGCCAAAGUUUUGGGGAAGAACAGUGGUUACCAUGGAGUUGGCCUAUGGGUACUUGCCUCCUUCAUAAACCAUUCUUGUAAUCCUAGCGCGAGGCGCUUGCACGUUGGUGAUUAUGUGAUGGUGCAUGCUUCUAGGGAUGUGAAGGCAGGUGAGGAGAUCACAUUUGCAUAUUUUGAUGUGCUUUCGCCUCUCAACGUUCGCAAUGGCAUGGCGAAGAAUUGGGGGUUUCGUUGUAACUGUAAGAGAUGCAAGUUUGAGGAGGGGACGUGCUCGAGACAAGGGAUGAGAGAGAUUGAAUUAGGGCUUGAAAGAGGGCUAGACAUGGGUGAAAUAGUUUAUAGGUUGGAGGAAGGUAUGAGGAGAUGGAUGGUGAGGGGAAAGGAAAAGGGCCAUUUGAGGGCAUCCUUUUGGGUGGCGUAUUCCGGAGUUUUUGGAUCGGAGAAGUCAAUGAGGAGGUGGGGGAGACGGAUUCCUGCACUAGAGGCUGCAAUGGAUAGUAUCGUGGAUGCAACCGGAAGUGAUGAGAGGGUUCUAAAAGUAUUCAUGGAAGGACUGAAGAGAAAUGGUGGUGGUGGUGGUGGUGUGAUGAUGGAUAGAGCAAUGAAGUUAGGAAGAGGAUUGUAUGGGAAGGUAAUGAAGAAACAAGCAAUGAGGACUCUGUUUGAGCUUGGUGGCAUUCAUGGACAUUGUUAAAGCUAUUAGCUCAUAGCUUUUUGCAGUUCUUUCAAUUAGUCUAAAAUUCAGUGCUUGCCACGGUUAGUGACUUAGUUCAAAGUUCAUAUUUUCUUUCCCAGUACCAAUUGUUUAACAGAUUCAUGUAUUUAAGUCAUAUACAUUUCAACAAAAUGGCUUAAUCAAGAGAAGCUUUGACAAGUUUUGCUAUACAUAGCCUGUAUUAGCUUCACUUGUUAACUUUAUUCUAUAUAUAUAUAUAUAUAUAUAUAUAUAUAUAUUUUGGCAAUUCA